CUUUCCUUAGCCUUGCUCGUCUCAACUUUCCAUCACCGUCAGUCAGAUCGGUGAACAAGCGCACUUCUUGUACUUACUUGCACUUGAUAUUCUAUUCUCAUCCCGCCUGGUCUUCCAUCCCCAGCUCGACAUAACAUACUAUCAUACCUCCCCCAUGAUUCACCUCUAAUCCUAACGCAAUGUCCACCACAACAACCACAAACCGCGCGUCGAGCACGGCGCCGGUGCCAGUGCCGGACUCGUCUCCCCUCCCCGGAGCGCCCGACCCGGAAUCCCGCUCCUUCUACUCCGAGAUCAACGAUCCCUACAACCUGGGCACGCACAUCAAGUCAGACGCCGACAUCGGUCUGCUGACCUCGAGGCCCCAGUCCAACUCGGCCCGCAAGCGCAUUCACCACAGCUUCACCCGCGGCGGUGCCAAGGAGGCCAGGCUGCAGGACUUCUACCGCUCGCAGAAUGACAAGAUCCGCUCCCUGCUCAAGAGCGUCGACGACCACGAGCGCGAGGCCAAGGAGACACAAGGCGACAACAACCUCAAGUACCAGAUCGCCGUCAAGGGCAGCCUGGCCGCCAACGUCAUUCUUGCCGCUCUGCAGCUCUACGCCGCCUCCGCUUCGGGCUCCCUGUCGCUCUUCACCACCAUGGCCGACUCCGUCUUCGACCCUGUGUCCGGCAUCAUGCUCAUGCUCUCCCACCGCGCCGUCAAGAAGGUCGACACCCGCCGCUACCCCUCGGGUAGGGCCCGCAUCUCUACCGCCGGCAACAUCGUCUUCUCCUUUGUCAUGUUUUCUGUCUCGUUGGUGUUGAUCGUCAUGUCUGCCAGGGACCUCGCGGCCGGGUCCGACAGUGAGACGAAUGAAUUCCAUUUCGCGUCCGUGAUUGCUGUUGCCAUCGCUUUCGGCACCAAAUUCUGUCUUUGGCUGUACUGCUGGUCGAUCAAGCACAUCUACUCGCAGGUUGAGAUCCUGUGGCGCGACCACCGAAACGAUCUCUUCAUCAACGGCUUUGGUAUCUUCACCUUCUCGGCUGGAAGCAAGAUCAGGUGGUGGAUCGACCCGAUGGGCGCCAUCAUCCUGUCAUUCCUUAUCGCUGGUCUCUGGCUGAGGACUGCUUAUGAGGAGUUCCAGCUGCUGAUCGGCGUCUCCGCCGAGCCUGAGUUCUUGCAGCUCAUCACUUACAUUGCCAUGACCCAUUCUCCCGACGUCAAGCAAAUCGACACCGUUCGGGCCUAUCACAGCGGUCCUCGGUACAUCGUCGAGAUUGACAUUGUCAUGGACCGCCACGAACGACUGGAGAUUGCCCACGAUGUAGCCGAGGCGCUGCAGAUCAAGAUUGAGAAGCUGCCUGGCGUCGAGAGGGCAUUUGUUCACGUCGAUUACGAGACAAGCCACAAGCCUGAGCAUGAUUUGAAGAAAAAUUUGUAGCUCAGGUAGCAAGUUCACGAACAAGUCACGAACACCCAACAACUCUCCAUGUUUCUUUGGUGAUGAUGACACAACGAAGGAUUGGAAGUAAAUACCAGAUAUUUUAGGGUUCUUAAGUUCUAUUUCAUAAUGCAACACUUACACAGCGUUAAACUUUCUGGUUUACUUACGUUGUCUUCAAAUGACUAAAGGCCAAACAAAUUC